CCGGUAUAAAAAAACCGAGACGAGUUAGCUUGACAACGGAGAGGUUUUUAUUUUCUCUAAAUGUUGAAGGGGCUUCCAAAAAAAGUUACUCGUAAAUGUAGUCCAACACUAGUAAACCGAGAUCUCGACGGUUAGCGCGCGAGCUGUCCCCUGCUAGCGUCUUAAAGUAAAGUAAAAGCGAAGUAAAGAUGGAGUUGGAGGAGGGUGUGCUUUACCAGGAGGACCCGGGCACUUCUGCGAUGAUGUCCGAGCGGGUGUCCGGCUUGGCGAGCUCCAUUUACCGCGAGUUCGAGCGGAUGAUCGGUAGAUACGACGAGGACGUGGUGAAGGAACUUAUGCCGCUGGUCGUGGCGGUUCUGGAGAACCUGGACUCGGUGUUCGCGGUGAACCAGGAGCACGAGGUGGACCUGGAGCUCCUGAAGGAGGACAACGAGCAGCUCAUGACCCAGUACGAGCGAGAGAAAGCGCUGAGGAAGAGCGCAGAAGAGAGAUAUAUUGAGUAUGAGGACUCGCAAGAGCAAGACAAGAAGGAUCUGCAGAACCGUGUGCAGAUUCUGGAGGCUCAAACCCGACAGAUGGAGCUCAAGACCAAGAACUACGCGGAUCAGAUUGGACGAUUGGAAGAGCGUGAAGCCGAGCUGAAGAAAGAGUACAAUGGCCUCCAUCAGAGACACACAGAGAUGAUCCACAGUUACAUGGAGCACUUGGAACGAACCAAAUACCAGCAGCAAACGGGGGAGACGGCAGACACGGGCAACCAGAGCCGGAUCAGGUAUAUAUGUGUGUUGUCAGACAUGAGUCCGGGUUUCGUGCUGCUGUUCGUCUUUGGCUUCGUGGGGGGGGCGGUGGUCAUCAACUCCGCUGUUCUCGUGUCUCUCUCUGUUCUCCUGCUCGUGCAUUACUCCGUCUCCAACCGCCUGCCCGCCAUCACACACUCCCUGCCCCGGAUCAGCAGGAAGGAGCGACCGGUCUCUCUGGGGGUUUUCUCAUUGCCGGGAAGCGAUGCGAUGAGCCCGGAUCUGCAUAGGGAAUCUGUGGAGACUCCAGGGACAGACACAUGGAGAUAUAACAAUCCCAGCCACCCUCGGUCCAACACCAGCCUCAAGUUGGAGGCGGACGGUAAGAGUUCACAGGACAGUUUGGAAACCCAUUGGACCGACUCCAGUAAGGAUGAACUCUCUGGCGCUGGUCGGGGACGAUCCAAACCCGAGUCUGACGAGCUCAUGGUGUCGGUGGAGGAGGAGGCCGAGGGUCCGCACGGGAACAUGGACUCGAGGAACGCCACAGCAGACAGACUGACGAACAUCAGCGUACAGGAGGCGAAGGCAUCAGAGACGUCGUCCACAGGUGAAUCCAGAGCUGCGUCUCAAUCCGCCCACUCAUACUACGCCCUGAAAGUAUAUCACAGUGAGAACGCAGAGCGGUCGGAGGUCCAGGCGAUCAUCGAGUCCACACCAGAACUGGACAUGGACCUGAGCGGAUGCAAAGGCUCCAGCACUCCCAGUAAAGGCAUCGAGAACAUGGCGUUCGACCGCAACACCGACUCGCUCUUCGAGGAGCUCUCGUCUGCAGGAAAUGACCUCAUAGGAGACGUGGAUGAAGGUGCUGAUCUGCUGGGUAUGGGUCGUGAAGUCGAACAUCUGAUCCAUGAGAACACUCAGCUACUGGAGACAAAGAACGCUCUGAAUGUGGUGAAGAAUGAUCUGAUCGCUCGUGUGGAUGAGCUGGUGUGCGAGAAAGACGUUCUUCAGGGAGAACUGGAGGUCCUGAAACACACCAAAGACAAACUGGAGGAGAGGAACAAAGAGCUGGAGGACGAGCUCAAGCGAGUCCGAGCUGAGACUGAGGAAGCUAAAGUGAAGACGAAGGAGGACGAUGAUAGCGACGUGCCGACGGCCCAGCGCAAGCGCUUCACACGGGUGGAGAUGGCUCGAGUCCUGAUGGAGAGGAACCAGUAUAAGGAGCGUCUGAUGGAGUUGCAGGAGGCCGUCCGGUGGACCGAGAUGAUCCGAGCAUCGAGAGAGAAUCCAGCCUUGUCGGAGAAGAAAAAGUCCAGUAUCUGGCAGUUUUUCAGCAGACUCUUCAGCUCCUCGUCCGGCGCCGCGGCGAAGAAGCCCGACGCCCCGGUGAACCUGAAGUACAACGCUCCCACCGCACACAUCGUCCCGUCCGUGAAGAAGAGGAGCAGCACCAUCGCUCAACUCCCCAGCGACAAAUCCAAAGCCUUCGACUUCCUCAACGAGGAGGCUGAGGUGGAGAGUGUGGUGUCCCGUCGAGAGCAGAAGAGAGCUCAGUACCGGCAGGUGAAGGAUCACGUGCAGAAAGAGGACGGCCGGUUACAGGCGUGCGGAUGGAGUUUACCUCCCAAACACAAGGUUGCCAAUGGUGGACAAGCGGAGAACAGGAUAAAGAAUCUGCCGGUUCCCGUGUACCUGCGGCCCUUAGAUGAGAAAGACGCUUCCAUGAAGCUGUGGUGCGCUGCAGGAGUGAAUCUGUCAGGUGGUAAGACUCGUGACGGAGGCUCCAUCGUGGGAGCGAGUGUGUUUUAUAAAGACGUGUCUGGAGACGAGAGCGAAUCCGUCGGCCUCCGGAGGAAGAAGAGAGGAUCUCAGAGCAGCCUCGACCGACUCGAGCAGGAACUCACGGAGCAGGAGAAGGAGCUGAAGCAUCAGGAUGAGCUCUCCAGCCUGGUGUGGAUCUGCACCACAACACACGCCACCUCAAAGGUCAUCGUGAUCGACGCCAACCAGCCCGGAAACGUCCUGGAGAGCUUCUUCGUCUGUAACUCUCACGUGUUGUGCAUCGCCAGCGUUCCAGGUGCUCGUGAGACGGAUUACCCCGUUGGAGAGGACCUGAGCGCUGAUGGUGAGGGUGAAGGAGCGUGUGAACUCAGCUGUACAGACAGCACUGUGUCCACGGGGCCUGACGGGGGUCUGGAGGGCAUCACUGUCGUCGACUGCUCCACUGACGGACCCGUGGCCAUCCCUCAAACCGUCUGCAACAACUCCACAGAGUCCUCCAACUCUGUGUAUCUCUCAGCGGAUGAGGUUUUGGGUCAGCGCAGGCCGGACGCAGUGCCGUCAGCAGAAGAAGCUCUGGAGGCCACAGAGAGCAGCACUAGCACGCCUGUAGACGAGAGCCAGACCGGCAUCUACACCGAACACGUGUUCACCGACCCGCUGGGAGUGCAGAACAGCAGAGACACGCCGUCCAGCUACACACAGAGGGAGUGUGACCUGGUGAAGGAUGGCGUCUGCUCAAUGUCUGAGGAACAGGACCUCAUGAGAGAAGAAGCCAGCAAGAUGAGCAGCGUUCUGCCUACCAUGUGGCUCGGCGCUCAGAACGGCUGCGUGUACGUUCACUCAUCUGUAGCGCAGUGGAGAAAGUGCCUUCACUCCAUCAAGCUGAAGGAUUCUGUCCUGGGGAUUGUUCACGUGAAAGGACGUGUUCUGGUGGCCUUGGCUGAUGGCACGCUUGCAAUCUUCCACAGAGGAGUUGAUGGCCAAUGGGAUUUGACCAACUAUCACCUGCUGGAUCUGGGCCGUCCGCAUCACUCGAUCCGCUGUAUGACUGUAGUGCAUGACAAGGUGUGGUGCGGAUACAGGAACAAGAUCUUUGUGGUUCAACCGAAAGCCAUGAAGAUAGAGAAAUCGUUCGACGCCCAUCCCCGUAAGGAGAGUCAGGUGAGACAGCUGGCGUGGGACGGGGACGGCAUCUGGGUGUCUAUACGCCUGGACUCGACCCUCAGGCUGUUCCACGCACACACACACCAGCAUCUGCAGGACGUCGACAUCGAGCCCUACGUCAGCAAGAUGCUGGGCACCGGUAAACUGGGCUUCUCUUUCGUGAGAAUCACGGCGCUGACGGUUUCAUGCAAUCGCCUGUGGGUCGGUACCGGAAACGGCGUCAUCAUCUCCAUCCCUCUAUCAGAGAGAAGUAAAGAUACAUCAGCGUCGUCGAAUCGUCCCGGCGGUGCGAUCCGAGUCUACGGAGACGAGAGCAGUGAUAAAGUCACGGCGGGCACGUUUGUGCCCUUCUGCUCGAUGGCACACGCACAGCUGUGUUUCCACGGGCACAGAGACGCCGUCAAGUUCUUCACCGCAGUCCCAGGUCAGGUGGUGUCGUCCACAGGCUCGGGUGUCGAGGCGAACGCUGACGAGUCUCCCACGCCCGAUCUGAUGAGGUCUGUGCUGGUCAUGAGCGGAGGAGAGGGGUACAUCGACUUCCGGAUGGGGGAUGAAGGAGGAGACACAGAAAAUCUGGAUGAACCCACACUGAAACUACAGCCCUUCCUGGCCAAAGCUGAGCGCAGUCACCUGAUCGUGUGGCAGGUCAUGGCCAAUGAGGAGUGACGUCACCUGAUCGUGUGGCAGGUCAUGGCCAACGAGGAGUAAACCUUUCUCACUCAGUUCUGCUUUAUUUAAGAUGUUUUAAGCAUUGGCUUAUAGUAUUUCUCUCAUGCAAAUCAUGAUUAUCGGCGAU